CUGGUAUGGCCACCACCGAACCGCCCCCUGACGGUGACCUAGAUCGGGGUCCGGCUAUCAUGGCAGUCACAGCCCUCGCGCUUCGCCUUUAUGGGCGACGCCUGGUCAAGGGCUUUGGAGUUGAUGAUUAUAUCAUGGCAUUUACAAUACUUCUGUUCAUCAUCAUGGUCGCCUUUGCCCAACACUUGGCUGUCAUCGGGGCUGCCCGCCAUGUGUACUACUUGACCACGACGCAACAACUCCAGGUGGUCAAAUAUGAGUGGAUUGCUCAAACAUUCGGGGUUCUGGGGUUUGCGACCAGCAAGACGUCGGUCGCACUGCAGAUCCGGCGCAUCCUCGGACCCAACAGCCGCCGAACGAGGUGGCUACUCUGGCUCAUUAUAAGCCUAACAUAUACCAUUUAUGGAAUUGAUUAUAUCUUUAGCUUCGUGCAGUGCACUCCACCGCGUGCUAUAUAG